CUCAGUCCUGAGAAGCCUACCGAACACUACCACUGAAGGGGCUGACAACACCAAGGAAACGCAGCAAUGAAUGGUACAGAGGGACCGGCAUUCUAUGUGCCUAUGUCCAAUGCCACCGGCGUUGUAAGGAGCCCAUAUGAGUAUCCUCAGUACUAUCUGGUGGCCCCGUGGGCAUAUGCCUGCUUGGCUGCUUACAUGUUUUUCCUCAUUAUCACAGGGUUCCCUGUCAAUUUUCUUACACUGUAUGUCACCAUUGAGCACAAGAAGCUACGCACACCCCUCAACUACAUUCUGUUGAACCUCGCCAUUGCUGACCUUUUUAUGGUUUUUGGCGGCUUCACUACAACGAUGUACACCUCAUUGCAUGGCUAUUUUGUUUUCGGACGUCUUGGCUGCAAUCUCGAAGGCUUUUUUGCUACUCUGGGUGGUGAAAUGGGGCUCUGGUCCCUGGUCGUGCUGGCCAUCGAGAGGUGGAUGGUUGUCUGUAAGCCCAUAAGCAACUUUCGGUUUGGAGAGAACCAUGCCAUCAUAGGUGUUGCCUUCACUUGGAUAAUGGCCUGCACCUGUGCCGUGCCUCCCCUUCUUGGCUGGUCUCGUUACAUCCCUGAGGGAAUGCAGUGCUCAUGUGGAGUUGACUACUACACCCGUGCCCCUGGCGUCAACAACGAGUCCUUUGUGGUCUACAUGUUCAUUGUGCACUUCAGCAUUCCACUUAUUGUUAUUUUCUUCUGCUAUGGUCGGCUUGUCUGCACUGUUAAAGAGGCUGCUGCACAGCAGCAGGAGUCUGAGACCACUCAGAGAGCAGAGCGUGAGGUCACCCGCAUGGUCGUAAUAAUGGUCGUUGCUUUCUUGAUUUGUUGGCUGCCCUAUGCUGGUGUGGCCUGGUAUAUUUUUACCCACCAGGGAAGUGAAUUUGGACCUGUCUUCAUGACACUGCCAGCCUUCUUUGCCAAGACAUCUGCUGUCUACAACCCCUGUAUUUACAUCUGCUUGAAUAAACAGUUCCGUCACUGCAUGAUUACCACUCUGUGCUGCGGCAAGAACCCCUUUGAGGAGGAAGAGGGUGCCUCCACCACAGCAUCUAAGACCGAGGCAUCAUCCGUUUCUUCCAGCUCUGUGUCCCCAGCAUAAAUGCUGGUAAACAACACACUCUAAGCAGCAACAUAUACUUGGGCUCAGCAACCAACACUAUGAAGAGUUUAGCCCAGGGAAAUGAGUGACCACUACCACUUGCAGAAAUAAUGUAUCUGUCAUUUUUCUUUUUUGUAUUUUUACAAAAUCCACUUGGUUCACAGAUUGGAGAGGACAGAUCAUGUCCAAGUUUCUGUACUUCCAAGGAGUCCAGGGUAACUGUGUAUAAGUUUCAUUUUGCUUCUCUUCUUAAAUUACAGCAAAAGGAAAAAAUAUAUUUACUCUUACUUUUGGACUCCUUUCUAUACUGGCUUUGUUGUGAAUGUAGAGGCAUGUAUUCAAGGCAACGUAACAAUAAA